UCCGCUAGGCGAGCUCCUUCCAAAUGCCAGCGCCCACAAACUAGCCCAGGCCGAGCUCCUGAUGCUGGUGCCGACCUCGCGCCUUCGAGUCCUCCUAGAGCCUUCGACCGACCCCCUCAGGCCCCGCCCCGGCCUCUCUAGCCUCGACUCCUCUCGCUGGUGGCGGCGCUCGGCCGCGCUCGCCUGGGCCUCCGGAGGCCACCCGAGGCGGCGGGGCCGACCGCUGUGGACCUGCCAGGGCCUCUGGCUCGCCGCCGUCAAGAACUGCGAACGGCUGGCGGCCCACAGAUCUGCGCCGUGGGUCCUUCCGGGCCGGGUGUCGAGGACGGCGCUUCCCUGAGUGCUGGGAUAGGCCCAGGCCGCCACAAGGGCCUGCGUGCCCCGCCGCUCGGUCUCCCCCGCGUCCUGCACCUACUUGAGCUCAUGCUCGCCCUGCCCAGCUCCCGAGUUUUGUUCCCGCUGUUUCCAGUCUAAUUAGUCUUUUAGCACAGGUGUUUCCAGUGGCCUUGGGACUCUGGCAAAUUUAGAACUGUACCUAUUCUAUCAUCUAGUCAUGGGACCCUGGAACCUGGGGUUCCCGCAGAGCUGCCGUUAGGGCUCCAGGUCCCUGACUUCUGUUACUCCACUCCAAGUUAAAACUCUCUUUCCUGUCUCCUCAAACUCAUUACUGCCCAAGUGCCAUGGCCCCCAAGCCCGGGAGUGAGUGGAGCACAGUCCUGUCCCACCUGGUGCUGGGAAUGGUGUCUCUUCAUGGAGCGGUGAGUUCUGCGCAGUCAAGUCGAGGGGCUGCUGCUGGUUUCCUGCUCCAGGCUUUGGCUGCUGCCUCCAUGCUGGUCCCAGGGCUGGGCACACAUGAAGAUUGUCUCGCUGGAGCCUGGGUGACCACAGUCAUCGGCCUGCCCCUUCUGGCUUUCGACUUCCACUGGGUGAACGGGGACCGCUCCUCUGCUAACCUACUCCUGGGCGGAGGCAUGGUGCUGGCAGUGGCUGGUGAUCACCUUGGCCCUGAAGGCUGCUCUGUGGCUGGUCAGGCAGUACUGCUGGUGGUCGCAGUGACCAUCCUCAUUGUGGCUAUUUUCACAGCCAACACUUAUGGGAUGUGGGGGGGUGCCAUGCUAGGUGUAGCAGGCCUCCUGAGCCGACUGGAGGAGGAGAGGCUGCUGCUGCUGCCGAAGGAGGAUGUCUGUCGCUGGGCCCUGGCUGCAGGCAGUUGGGCCUAUUGCCGGGCCCUGCACACACAGCGCCUGCAGUGGGAAUGACAGUUGCACACAGCAAGGCUGAGCUUCUCCCUUGGCUACCACCUUCCUUUCCACCAGCCUGCUCCUGGAGCUUCCUCCCCUAGGAAUAGGCUUUCCCUCCUCCUACAGUGGGCUUGCUGCAGGUUGACUGAUCAGGAAUGGAGCUUAGGUGCUGUCUCUUCUCCAGUCACUGUAGGAACUUGCCUAGACCAGAAUGAAAGGGCCAGGGUCCCAGGCAUUUUGGGGGCCUCCUUCUGGGAAAGACAUAGUUGUGGGUUCAGAGACUUGAUCUCCAAUAAACCUUAGGAAUUCUA